CGCCCGUUUAUUGAAAACAUUAUAUCUUAUUAUCCUUAUCUCGACACAAUAUCUUGACACGAGAUAACACAUCUAUUCUCAUCGAAAAUAAACUUGGAAUAACUAUUUGACGUAAAACGGGGCUAAGUUAAAGACAAAAGACAACAUUUUAUGAAACAUAUUAAAUUAAAUAUUGUUAAAAUAAAUCUGUUAAAUAACUAAGAACAUUUUUUAGUAACAAACUAAUGAAGCUACGCAGUAAAUUGGCUAUUUCUUAUCAAAAUUUAUCUUAUAGAUAAUUUAAAGUGUUUUGCAAAUUCAAGACUCGAAAACGACCGUCUCAUUAGUGAAAUGUCAUAUUAAAAGAUACCAAUAAAGUGUUAGUGAAAUAUUAUGGCGAAUAAUUACGAAUCAGAAAGAAGAGGUAGCAAAAAUAGGGUCCUAGAAAGGUCCCUGAGCUACUCAGAAGCAAUUGGAAAUUCAUCUGGUCGAUCUUCCAUAGAAAUACCAAGAAUGACUCAAACAGAAGUGUAUACUAAUGAAGAAAUAAAGAAGCAGUACAGGAUCUCACAGACAUAUGUCGAAGGAAAAGAAAUCGCGUUUCCUUGCCUCAAAAACCUUGAUACAAGAGUUCCGAUCAGCUAUCAAGGAGGAGGAUACGUUGAUUCACCAUCAAGUGACGACGAACAAGAAGCAGACAAUGGUCUAGUCAUGACAAUUGAUGUUGAAACUGAGAGCCCUAAAUCGUCUGAAAAGAGGCACACUUCCGAUGCAUCCACUCAACCCUUGGUCAGUUCAAGUCCUCCAGACCAAAUCUACGAAAGUAUUGAGCCAGAUACCUACAAUGACAGUACGUACAAUGAGGUACCAUCACUCUAUGGUUACUCGACACCGUAUACAAGUAGACGAAAGCGGAUUGGGAAAAAACGUACUCGUCACCAUGGCAUUGGCAGACAGAUUCGUUCACGGCGUGUGGUAUUCAAGACUGGAGAGGAAAAUGUCCCCAUCAGAAGUAAUAUCCCCGCAAAAUCUAUGAAAUAUAUGAGGGACAUUGUUAACACUGUUAUCAAUAGUAAAUGGCGUUACCUGUUGCUACUACUGGUCGCAGCCCAUUUCACAUUUUGGCUGUUCUUUGCUAGUAUUUGGUGGGUGGUGACAGCUUCUUAUCAAGAGGAUAUUGGCGAUGGAAAACCUCAUUGUGUAACAGGCACGUCGUCCUUUGCUGGGCUCCUGAUGAUGGCUGUUGAGACUCAGAUGACAAUUGGAUAUGGAGUUAGAUUUCCAAAUGAAGAAUGCCCUGAAGCUAUUAUUGUCAUGGUGUUAGAGAUAGUGGCGGGUACAGCUUUAUCCGGUGGUCUUACAAGUUUGCUCUUCACAAAACUUAUACGACCGAACAAACAUGUCAGCUCAGUUGGAUUCAGUAAGAAGGCUACGGUAUGCCUUCGUGAUGGUGAUAUGUGUCUGCAAUUCCGCGUUUGGGAUUUACUCAAUUUACAUCUAAUUGGAAGCAGCAUCACAGCCUAUCUACUAAAACCAAUCAGAACAUUGGAGGGAGAGUAUGUCUCCAACUACAUCCACCAACUGAAGCUAAAAGAAAGCAAUUCGUUCCUUCUAUGGCCUAUCACAGUUGUACACAUAAUUGACGCCGAAAGUCCGCUGUAUGACCUUUCAGCUCAAGAUAUGAUGGAUUACAGGUUCGAAAUAGUGGUAUGUCUUAACGGCUCAUCCAAGAGUAUGGGCACAUGUACACAAAGCAGAACUUCCUAUUUAUCCAAGGAAAUCAUUUGGGGAUAUAGGUUCAAAAAUGUUUUAAAGUAUUGCAAGAAAGAAGAAGCCUACAUGAUAGACACAGAUAAUCUUAAUACGGUAGAGCAAGUGGAAACACCACUCUGCAGCGCCAGUACAUUAAAAGGCUUGGAAAUUGACAUGAAAACUGAUCUUCCGGAAUCAUUGUCUCAAUGUGAAGGGUCGUUGCUCUCUAAGGACGAUUCUCUUUCUCCAGCUAUGAGUAGGACUGGAACUCAAAGGAGUUAUGGAUGGAAUUAUAGAAGAUUUAUUACAGAUAGACAAACAAGAGAAGAAUAAACAUCGUGACGACUUAACCUAGGCUAAAUUUAUUUAAAUAUUUUAAUUAAAUUAUAGAUUUUUCAUUUUCAAGAGUUUGUAAUGUUAUUAAUUACAAGCAUAACAUAAAGUGACAGUUUUUAGUGAUAUUUUUUUAUCAUAGGGACAUAUUUGUAAUAUUUAAUCGUAUAACAGAUUAAAAUAAUUUUCUUUUAAAAUUAAAAUCAGUUGUGACUCAAAACCCACCGGUUUCAAAUUGGCUCGCUGUAAAAUGUCGAAAUGACUUGAUAAGGUUUUGUAACAUCAAAUAAGAUUAUAUUUAAUGACUGAAAAGAGGUGACAUACAACACUGUUUUAUAUUUACCUAAGAUUAAUAUUCUUCAAAUAUGUAGUUGUUUAUUUGCAAAUGUUUCCCCACAUAAACGAACUGCAUUGCACAGAAUAGUUUUAAGAGUUGUCAAUACGGGUAAAAAUUGAUGUUAAAAUGUUACACACAAUAUUCAUUAAAAUUGUCAAUUUUAGGUAAAGAUCAACGUGAGACAGUAACAGACCGAAACUAAUCUUAUUUACAAAUCCUCGACAUCAGUAUGGUACAAGUCAGAGAUAUGCCUCAACGUCGAAAUAUAAAUAGUGCAAAUAUUCGUUAAUAUUGAAAUUUUAUUUCAAACUAUUAAUAAUUUGUGUUUUUGUAUGUUUGUAACGAUUAAACUGGAUAAAAGAUGGACACUUGAAACAACAAUGACUGGAUCUACUGGAAGGAUGAAUAAGAUAGCAAAUGAACGGAAAGAUGGACAUGAUGGAGAUGAAAACUGGAUGAUUGUUGUCAAGACAAAAUGAAAUGGAAAAACAUGGAGGAGAAUAUCCCACCAAGGGCCAUAAAAAUACAAAUACAAAUGAUACUUUAUUAAGAAAUAUACACUAACCAAUUGUUGAAUGUAUUAAUAAUAAACUUAUAAUAAUAAUACCAAAAAAUUAAACGGAAAAACAAAAAUUUAAAAAAAAAUAGUGCAAUACAAGAUUAUCCCUGACAAGGCCGCUAGAAAUUUACUCUUACUAGAUUAUUACUAUUACAUAUAUUAAUUAAAUGAGUCACGGAUGCAUCGUCAAGUUUUCCGUAUUAUU